AAUGGAUCCAAAAGAUGUAAAAAUAGCAUUGAAAAAUGCUAGAGAAUGUAUAAAGAAUAAAGAAUACAAGGAGGCCUUGAAGCAUUGUAAAGGAAUUCUAGCUCAAGAUAAGAGCAACUACAAUGCACUGGUAUUUGUGGGUGUAGCAGCUGAUGGUUUAGACCAGCCAGAUCAGGCAGUAAAGGCAUACCGGCGGGCCACCGAGUCUGAGCCAGACCAACCGCUGGCAUGGCAGGGACUGAGUGGUUUUUAUGAAAAGCACAGUUCACCAGAGAAUGAUAAAGAACUAGUAGAAGUGUACACCAAACUCAGAGAUUUCUUUGAAAAUGACAAGGACAAGAAAACAGAAGUGACAAAGAAGCUUGCUAAUUUACACAUAAAGCUGGGGGAUAUUAACAGGGGUUUAGAACUGUAUGAAAAGUUGUGUUCUGAGGAGACAGAAGACUCUGUCAAGUGUAGCCUCUAUACAGAUAUGUUAUCAUUGUUCCUAAAGUUGUCAUCCCCCACACCACCACAAGAGGACAUGGUAAUUGACAUCAUGAAUAGUCUGCUGGAGUUGGAUGCACAGCUUGAAGAAAGAAUCAUUACCUUCUAUGUAGAUAUUCUUUUUAAGAAGAAAGACCAUUUACUGUUAGAGAAAUCUUGUCAUGUGCUAUGUGAAAAGUAUCCCUCAAUGAAAUAUCCCUUAGAAGUCAAGUUACUGAUAAUUAUGGAUAGAGCUUUUUGUUCUGAGCUUCUUUUGCCUACCAAGGAUCCCCACAUGUCUGAGACCAUGACCCGGCUCUCAGAAUUAGACAGUGAGAGUGUUACACUGAAAGCUGCCCAAGGAUUCCAGUAUAUGUGUAACAAAGAACUGAAUCAGGCUAAGGACUGCUUUGUUGAAGCUUUGCCAGUGAUGACCUCCACAAUCUGUGUACCAUACUAUCUGGCUCUGACCUACUUUCUAUUACAUAAAUUGGCAGAUGCUGAAUCAACUAUUAAGCAGUGUGCCAUAAAUCUAAGUAAGAAGAGUAGACAACUCACAGUGUCUAGUGGUGUCGUGUCCAGGAAAGUAAAAAUCCUACAGGCCAGAAUCCUUCUACAAACAAGGACCACGGACUCUCUCCAGUCAGCUCUAGCCAUUACAGAGGAGCUUUGUGCAGAAGAUACAAGUCCACAAGUGUUGAUUUUAAGAGGACACAUUUUAUUAAAUUUGAAUAGACUAGAAGAAACAGAGGAUAUCCUCAGUAAGUUAGAGGUUAACACAGAGAGAACAGCACUGGAGGGAUAUGUCAUGUUCUACAAGGCGGAAUAUACCAAAUCAGCAGCCAUAUUUUGUGAGUUGAUGAAGCAAGAUACCUCCAACAGUGAGUACCACCUGAUGUAUGCCAAGUCCCUGUGGUUUGAUAAAGAGAGACUCCAGAAUAAUCUUCAACCCUGCCAUACUGCUCUUCUGAAGUCAGCCAAGCUUGAUUCCUACUGCAGUGAGCCAUUUGAGUACUUGGGGAGAUUUUACACAGAGAUACAAAAAGACCAAGUCAAGGGAAAGCGCUGUUUUCAGAAGGCGUUUGAUCUGGACAGGAGCAAUGACAGUGCUGGGGAGGCGCUCUGUGAUAUCAUGAACAAGAUUGGAGAAGAGGAAGAUGCGUACCAGCUGCUUUUGUCUGUGACAGGUAAAGCCAGUGCUGGAUGCUGCAAGUGGGCAUGGCUUAGAUUGGGCCUUCACCAAGUCAAACAUGACACAGCAUCGGUAGCCAUAUCCAGCUUUCAGUCAGCUCUCAGGGCAGAUCCUAAAGACCCACAUGUCUGGGAAUGUUUGGCAGAGGCAUACUACAAGAGAGGAAGCUAUACAGCAGCUCUUAAGGCUUUCACCCGAGCAUCAGAGUUGAAUCCAAAUUCUGUGUACAGUCUUUACAUGAUUGCAUGCAUUAAACAAACACUGAGUAUGCUGACAGAAGCUAUAGAGGAAUAUGGAUUUAUCCUGAAGGACAAACCAAAUUAUGUGCCAGCUCUGAAAGGUAUAGGAGAGACAUAUGUACUGCUGGCCAAACAUCAUUUCUCACAAGGUUUCAAUGGACGAGCAAAAGAAAAUUGUCAAAAUGCUCUUCAGUUUUUGACAAGGGCAGUGUGUCACAGACCUGACCUGUCAUGCUUGUGGAAAUUAAUGGGGGAUUCCUGUACCAUCAUCCAUCCCCUGCCAUCACAAACCUUCAGAUUUAAUGUGCCAGAAAACUUGUACAAAUCCAAAGAGUCAGCAGAAGAAUGCAAACUCAAUUUGCUACAGACUCUAGAGCUAGGAGCCAGGUGUUAUGGUCGAGCUUUAAAGUUACUCCCUGACUGUGCUGCUCUGUGGCAUGACCUUGGCUUUAAUCUCUAUCAGCAGGCCUUGCACUCUAAUGGCCAGGAGUCUCUGGAUAUGGCAGAGAAGUCCGUGGAAGCCCUGAGGAAGGGAUUAUCCUUGGAUCCUGUCAAUCACCUUAUCUGGAAUGCCCUAGGAUUAGUCUACUGUCACUCAGGUCUGAAGAAGCCAUCACUAGGGCAGCACUGUUUUAUUAAAUCAAUACAAGCAGAAUCUGCUAAUGUGGUGGCUUGGACAAAUUUAGCCACGCUUUAUCUGAAGAAUGGCAACAUUGAGUUGGCACAUGAGGCCUACAAGGUGGCUCAGAGUUUGGAUCCUAACUAUGUAUCCUGCUGGAUUGGACAGGCUAUGAUUGCAGAAACUGUAGGAGAUGAUGAUGCCAUGGACCUGUUCAGGCAUACUACUGAGUUAUCUCCCCAUGUGGAGGGAUCUUUGGGUUAUGCACACUGGGUCUGUACAUUACUUCAGGAUGAAACCAAACACAAUACAGAAAUGUACAGCUAUGCUAUCCACCAAAUGUUAGCUGUCCCAGCAGCCUCGGAUGCUUUGGUCAAAUAUCUAGAUCUAGUGGAGACCAACCCUGGAGCAUACAAUAUGUAUGGACUGCUGAAGGAACAGCAAGGACUGUACCAAACAGCAAAGGAGGCAUUCCAAAAAGCAGUCAAAUUACUAGAUCCCAGUGACAUACUUCUGAACUUGGUAAAAAUCAACUUGGCCAGAACACUUUGUAAGCUUGGUGAGUACCCUGCAGCAUUAUUCCUAUAUGCAAAGUUUGGAGAACUGGACUCCCUUCAAGAUCAAUGUUACAUGGGUUUGGCAUUCUACAAGGCACAGAAGUACACAGAAAGCUAUCAAGCCUAUGACAGAGCACUUGAGAUUAGCACUACUGACAAAGACAGUUCACACAUCCAUGCAGUGCUAGGAAUGGUGGCCUACAAGUUUGGAGACGUAGAUGGAGCCAAGGCUUCCCUAUUUCAAAGUUCUCAGCUGCAGCCCCCUUCACGUCAUGGUCUGGAAGCUUUGUGUGCCUUAGGACUGAUGACGUGUGACAUGACCUUGACUCGUGCUGUUCUCCAGGAAAUGCCCAAAGUAGGAGCAGACAACUCUAGUCCCUACUUUACAGUAGUUCAUCAUUGUCUUCUGGAGGAUGACUGGGAACUGGCAAAAGCAUUCAUACAGAAAUGUAUCCAGAAAUCUCCAGACAGUUACUCUUUGUGGAGGCUGUUGUCACGGUUACAGUUGAGAUGUUGCCAUGACAGUCUUUCCUCGUCUUCCUCAGUGUGUGCACAGACAGCCUUGUGUCUCAGGCCUGAGUGUCAGAACUUGCUGACUGAUGCUACUCUAGGACUGUUAAUUGAUGGCAAGCAUGUAUCAAAAACCACAAACAAUGAGGCUUUACUGAGUGCACAAAGGGCAACUCUUAUAAACCCAGAGAAAUUGGAGAACUGGUGCACCUUGGUAUCAGCAGUGCACAGCCAAUCAGUGCUGGAGGCGGAGUCAGAAAGAAUGACAGCUCUCCUCAAACUUGAAUCCAGCUAUCUAAGAUGGCUAAUAUCAACAACCAAUAUAACUGAUGUGUUAAGGGGCUGGUGUCAGAAACAGGUGACAGUUGUUUCUUUACUUACAAGAGAGAUAACAAAGGAAUCUGUUGGAGAUGACAUGAAAGUAUUUGUUAACAGUCUUCUAGAAAGAUAUUCACAACCUAACAAUGAUGAGCAGCAAGUCCUCAAGCUAUAUAAAUCCCUUCUAUCUGAUACAGGGAAUGAUGAGGUCUCUAACAAAUUCACCAGGUUGACAGAUGAGUUGAUAAAAAAGUCCACUCUCUCUGAGUCCUUAAUAAUGCUGAUGAAAGCUGUUCUCUUAAUGAAAUCAAAUCCCAAACUGGCCAAACACCGCCUAGUAGACAUCCUGGUCAGGACAAAGACAGAGUUUGACCGGUCACUACUGGUCAGGUCCAUCACUAGGAGGUGUCUCCUUCACAUACUCAAAGACAAUGCUGAGAAAGAAAGCGAACUCAUUCAGGUACUGUUAACAGAGGCAGAAGAGGACCGCGAUAAUGAUACUGUGAAUUAUUAUAAACUGCUUUUUUCAGACAGUUGUUAGAAACAAACAUUUAAUGUAAUAAUAAAAUGGAUUGGUGCUUUCUAUCUCUGUAUAUGAAUUGAUAAGAUUUUGUUGAUAUAUAAGAUAUAGACAAUAUCCUGCAAAAUACAUCUAGUAACUCUUAUUGAAUAAGACCUUUUUUAUGUAAAGUUAUUGCAUGCAAGCUGUUUGAAUAGGUUUGUGAAUUUAAAAAAAAUGGAAAACGUAUCUUCAUUUUCUUUAAAAUAUUGUGAACAAGGAAGGUCGAUUUUUUUAGGAGAUGGAAAACUCACAAUUUCACAUAUUUGCACAUUUUUCAAAACAUCAGAUAUACUCAUAUGUUAAUAAAAUUUAAAGUCCUUAUGCAAUUUAUAUACACCAGAAAGACAAAACAGCUCAGUAUUCUUUUAUAUGAAAAUAAAGCCAAUCUUCUAUGUCAGCCCCUAAAAUUUUGGUGUAAUAAAGCUGCUUGCUUGCUGUAAAUGGUGUAACUAAAAUAAAUUGAAAAGAUAA